UGCUAGAAAGUGCCGAAAGUAUGUCACGUCGGAACGUCGAAAGCAACGACAAAAGACACAAAUAAUAGGAAAAAGCUUAUUUUGCGCAGGCAUUCGCAUAUCUCAAGUAAAUGCAAGACCAUGAAAUUGCACAUUUAGUACGCGCCACCAAAUUGUGAGAUACAUUGUGGAGUUUCCAGCGCAAGAACCCCCGAGCAAAAGCAACAACAACGAAACGCAGUUCAGAGGGCCACUGCAAUUUUGCGAGAGUGUGAAAAGUGCGUGUGUGCAAAAGAAUACAAAGUAAAAAAAAAAAAACGGGGGGGACAACGCAAGAGAAGCAGUGAAAACAACAACACACAAAAACACAAAAUACCUACACAGAGAGAAAAGCGCAAAAAAAAAACACCCGCACACCCAUACAACUCCAGCGUCGAGUCAGCAAAUUGUGCCACACACACAAAACGGAGAAAGAGGAAGAAGUGGAGGAAAAAAAAUAACAGCAACAGAGGUGCUCUUCUCACAUCUCCAAAACUCCCUCCAUCAACGAAAUCCCCAAAACUUUCCAAAACUCCAAAUCUUCAGAUCUACAAAUCUCCGGAAUGAAUCGCUCCGACGGAUUGGUGCGACGAUCGGUGAAACCCCGGGAAAACGGGGGCGCCGAGGGCGGUCUGAAUGCCAACACGCCGGAUGACAAUCAGGAUGCACUGGACAGUUUGAAGGACCAGGAGGACAACAUCGACGAUGGCGACUCCAAGGAAACACGACUGACGCUCAUGGAGGAGGUCCUGCUGCUGGGACUCAAGGACAAGGAGGGCUACACAUCUUUCUGGAACGACUGCAUAUCAAGCGGUUUGCGCGGAUGCAUUCUCAUAGAACUUGGACUGCGCGGUCGCGUGAUGAUUGAGAAAUCUGGAAUGCGACGACGUGGCCUAUGUACAAGAAAAUUAAUUCUGAAAUCGGAUCAGCAGACGGGCGAUGUCCUACUCGAUGAGGCACUCAAACACAUUAAGGAAACAGAUCCCCCAGAGACGGUACAGAGCUGGAUUGAAUAUCUCAGUGGUGAAACUUGGAAUCCAUUAAAAUUGCGCUACCAGCUGAAAAAUGUACGCGAACGUCUGGCCAAAAAUCUGGUGGAGAAGGGUGUGCUCACAACGGAAAAGCAAAAUUUUCUACUCUUCGAUAUGACGACACAUCCGCUGAGCGAUAAUGUUGUCAAAUGUCGCCUGGUUAAGAAGAUCCAAGAUUCUGUGCUCUCCAAAUGGGUGAACGAUCCACAGCGCAUGGACAAGCGGAUGCUGGCGCUUAUCUUUCUAGCGCACGCCAGCGAUGUGAUCGAGAACGCUUUCGCGCCGCUGAACGAUGACGACUACGAGGUGGCCAUGAAACGGGUGCGGGAGCUGCUGGAUCUCGACUUCGAGACGGAGUCGGCCAAGCCGAAUGCAAACGAAAUUCUGUGGGCGGUGUUCAUGGCGUUUACGAAAUAGAUGAUCCUCUGAUCCUCUCCGCUCCUCUCAAUAGCACACAUAUACACCAACCCAAAACCGAGAAACACAACCCACAUCUGGAAUACAUUUCGCUGCUUUUGUUUUAGAAACUUUGCUGUGAGCGGAACCGAAUCGGGCGAUAGGAUUUUCUUAAAUGGCAACCACCCCAAAUAUCAGUUUCAGUAAUAUAUAUUUUUUAAGCGAGACUAUAAAGCAGCCAUACAGCCUAUAUAAAUAUAUGUUUAACAAAACUGCAAUAGUAUCAAUCAACUGCACCAUUGUCCUUUGUUCUUUUUUGCUGUUCCUUGAACAUUUUGACAUAACAAUGUUUUCCAAACGUAUUGAGUAAGUUGUGUUCCACGGCAAAUAGAGUUUAGUUGAUUAUUUCUCUUGCAAUGCUAAUCAAAAUGUAAGAUGGAGAAUUCAAAGCUGCAGCAUUGUUUUUGUAAUUAUAUAUCUAAUACUAAUUGUAAGCCAACAAAAAAAGAUAAACUCUGAUAAAGUCUGGGCAAGCUGCGUGCAAAUGUCUUUUGUCAAAUAUCCUAUAUAUAUUUUAAUUAAAAUUUCCAAUUGUGUGUUUAA